UUCAACCCACGUACACAAAACUUCCACCUGGACCGAUUCUCACCUCUGUAUGGUUGCUUUAGAGAAAUACCUUAAAAUUAUUAGUUUAAUCAAUAGCUCGAGAAGUACAGUACUUUCAAUAUUGCUAAGUCAUAAGUGAUAUUGAACGUGUCUGUCAUUUAUUUUUCUUAGAUUUGAUAGCAGAGAAGAAGCUAGGCCUAGGCCCCUCUUCCCUCGCAGCUUAACAAUACAUCAACAACGCAGCCGAGCCGCGCCAGCCUGGCAAGUGUCAGAGUAGCGGAGGCGCGACCAACAUGGACAGUCAAGGAUUUUACCCAAGUAACUACGGUGAAUCGCCGUACGACAACCAGCAGCAGUAUGGUCAAACAGGCUACGAUAUGGGAGAAGCAUCCCCAUAUGAAUCACAACAGCAAAUAAGCUAUGGCUACUCUCAGCAAGGCUAUGGACAAGUGGGUGCAUAUACAGGUCAAAUCAUGACCCCUGAACCAAUCCCUGAUCAAGAUACUGGUGGAUACACAGAUGGCUUUGAUGAUGAGCCACCCCUGCUUGAAGAACUUGGAAUCAAUUUUGACCACAUUUAUUCAAAAACACUGACAGUUUUGAACCCCCUCAGGCAGACUUCAGCAGAGGCUGUGAAUGACUCAGACUUAGCUGGGCCACUUGUGUUUGCAUUUGCCUUUGGAGGAACAUUGCUACUUGCUGGGAAAGUGCAUUUUGGUUAUAUUUAUGGAAUUGGUGGUGUGGGAUGUGCAGCAAUGUGGGUGUUACUGAACAUGAUGAGUUUCACUGGCGUGUCUGCCGGCUGCAUCAUCAGCGUCCUUGGCUACUGCCUCUUACCAAUGGUGUUCUUGUCAGGAGUUGCCAUCCUUGUAUCAUUAGAGACGUUGUUGGGGACAUUUAUAUCGUUAGCGGCAAUAGGUUGGUGUAGCUGGUCUGCGUCUAAGCUGUUCGUCACUGCCCUCGCCAUGGACUCACAGCAGCUUCUCGUGGCUUACCCAUGUGCAUUACUCUACGGAGUCUUUGCCCUCAUCACAAUAUUUUGAAACUAUUACACUCGUUUUUUUUCAUGCAACACCAUAAUUUUAUCUUGAAUCAAAUGAAAGUUUGUAUUCAACAAAUU